AUUCUACAUUGUCUUCUACAUCGCCAUGGGCAUCAUCAGUGUAGUCAUGGUCUUUAUCCUUUGGGGCUACCAUCGUUUCAUGAGCCGGCUCUCGUUCCCGCCAAAGCUCAUCGAUUUCCGCCACUGGGCCCUCUUCAUCGUGCCACAGUUGCGGGCCUUCAUCAUGGUGGGUGCGAUUUGCUUCACCCCUGUCUUCAUAGGAGUGGGCUUGAUUCAGGGUGAGACCACUCCAGGGAACACAAUGCCUUGGAGUGAUUGCAAACCAGCAGAUCCCAAGGAAGAAUGCGUUUUGGGCAUCUUCGAAUUGGUGACGAGUUCCUACAACGGGGAGAGCGAAGUCAGCAAGACUAUUCCAGGAGAGCGACGAACAGGGCGCGUAGGUACUUUCAUGGUGUGCCUGGCCGGCUAUGCAAUUUCGGCCUCUUUGAAGCUAUUGGUCCCACCUAGCUCCAGCAGCUACUACAAGCGUGAGGACAAAUCUGGAGCAAAUCGCCUGAGGGAGCUCAUCAAUGAGGAGCAAGCUGAAGAGGCUGAGAAGGGUGAGCGCAGCGAUGCGGACACUGAGGCCCAGACAGAGGUUAUACCAGAGGAGGAUCCGGAGAUGCCGCCCAUUUUCACCACACACCUUUGGAAGAGGUCGGCCUUGGCGCUCUUGGUGUACAUCAAUGGGGCCUUGCAGAUUUGCCUCCUUCGUUGCGCCUUCUCAGACAUGUACAAAGACAAUAUCCAGUUCUUCCUCUUCACAUUGUUCGUCAUUCGAAUCACCAUCAAGGUGGCCUUCACAAGCUUUAUGUGCGAGCUGAUGCUCACUGUGCCAAUUGCCAUCACAAAUCAGACCUUGGCGGUUUUCACGUUGCUUGCUGCCCCGACUCUAUUCGAUUUCCUUGUCAUGUACGUGGCUCUUAUUGGUCUCCAGUUCAUGGAACGCAUCUAUAUUGGCCCCAAUGAGGAUGUCGUGAUGGGGAAGCUGGCCGUUUGGAAACGGACCUUGGAUCGAUACAUGGCCUCUUUGAACGCAGCCAGACCGAAACGGGCUGAUGAUGAUGAUGAGUCAGACGAUGACCAGAAGAAGUUUGAGGAUGCAGACGAGAUGGAGCUGGAGGGAGAGACGGAGGAAAUGAUUUCAUUCCUGGCCACCAUCUCUGCUGACUCCGUGGCAAAUUUGGUCGUUCCUACCUUUUAUGUGUUCUGUAUGUGGAUGUUCAACGAGUCGAAAAUCCUCACCAAUUUCAGGAUUCCUGAGCACAAUGCUAGUUUCUACUUGUUGUUCUAUCUUCUGAUGUACCCGUUCCAAGUGAUUGCGGACCGAAUUUGUGUGAACAUUGCAGAGUGCUAUCAUGGUUGGAAAGUGACAGAUUAUCUUGAGUACUGUUCUUAUCGGUUCAUCAUAAGAACCACUGAUUGGAAGGGAAGAGACAACAUCUUGGAUCAGACCCUGUCACCGCAUGUGCGGUCAAUUGACCAGAUGUGCUUCUCAGAUCAGUUCUACUUCGUGAAUCUGCUGCAGACCGUGGGCGUUAUGUCGCUGAUCUUUGGAAUGCAGGUCACCUUCGAAGCGCAGUGGAACAUGUUCGAGGAUCCAGCCACACCAGCUGUUCUGGCAUAUGCUAUUUGCCUCUGCAAAGGCACUAGCGCCAUGACGGGUGUCUCAGCUGGCUACCUCAAGAUUUGGGUGGUGCGUUAUAAAACGUGGGCCGAGUCUGGAUACCAGCAAGCUUUGGCAAAGAAGAUGCAGGCAAUGUCAGCAGGUACAGCAGAUGAGAAGCCUCCGCCGCCUCCAGCAGGUUCUGCACAUGAUGGCUGGCCUGAGCCGGCGCAUUACGACAAGACUGGCAUGGAGAGGUAUAGAGUGGCCUUCUUGGCAGAGAACCAACUCUGGCUGCAAGUAGCAGUUUCUGAAAUGAUGGACAAGAAGACGCUUGAGAGGCACAGGCAGGACCUCUUGGACGGUCUAGCAGGUAUUGUGAACGAGGUGGCGCCAAAGGAUUAUGCGCCCGAGGGCACCGAUGCUGUGGAAAAGGAGAUGUUCACCUUCGGUGGCGCUCCACAAAUGGACUUGGCGCGCGCUGCGUCAGAGGUGCAAAGAGAGACCUACGAGAAUUCGGCCCUGAGGCAGCUCAUGAGGAUGUGGCGAGAGCGUGCACAGUUCAUGCUCUUCCUUCAGCAGGUCUCAGCCAUGGUCAAGCUUGACAACUAUCAGCGUCGCGAUGCCUGUGAAAUCUGCGGUAAGAGCAAAGAAAUGUCACCUUUGGUGGUGCUCCCGAUCUACACGCUGUUGCAUUUAGCUUCGCUGUACCGUGAGCAACGGGAUAUGUCUCCUUUGUGGAACACACCGCUUUGGAAGCACUUCUACCAGACCUUCACGCCCACAUGUACUCUUUGCGAGGCGUGCGCCCGCUACUACCACAAGCGCAACACCAACAUCCCAGUGAAUGAGAAGAGGUAUCAGCGCUUGCAGGCAAAGAAGAAGAGUGCAUACGAAAUGGUGAGGAGCAGUGAAUACCCUGUGAUCACCAUGGAGCCAGAAAUGAAGCAGGUUCUGAAUCUGUGGCUCGAGUGGACCAGAUGCAUUGUUCGAGAAGAGCGACCACAAGACUUUUUGCCUCGCUUCGGUAUUGACGGCCGUACAAUGCAGGAGAUCCGAAAGGAAUUGCUCGACAAGGCGGCUGUUGUGGAGGCAGCAAGAGAUGAUGAUGACAUCAAGGAUCCAUUGCUAAUCGAUUUGGACGCUGACGACAUUCCAGAGAAGGCUCCUCUGAAGGUGCCCAAGUCCUUGACUUGGUCAGAAGCCUCCAUCAUGCGCUCCUGGUUGCAUCGUGCCAGAGACAGCCUUCAGGCAGAGCAGACAGUUGUGCACAGAGGAAUUGUCACAAUGUUCUUCUAG